AUGAACUGUGAACUCGAUAUUGAACUUAAAAAGAGCAAUUCCUAUGACUCAUAUAAUAGUUUUGUAGAAGCAGUUACCAACUAUGCUAAACAACAAAGAUUUCAAAUUAGAUUAGGUAAAAUAGAAACAAAUUCUAAUGGAGAUAUACGUAAACGAACAAUAUUAUGUAGUAGAGAAGGAAGCCCUCAAAUAAUUCUUACUGAAGUUCAAGAAAAAAUCAAGCUUUUAUGUUAUGCAGGAUGUAAUAUUCCAACUAUUCAUGCUAUUUUAAAAGAGGAGUUUAAUGGUGUUGUUACUUGGGUAUACAAUGAUUUAUAUAAUUUUGUUUACCAGCAAGAAGAAGUUGCAGAAAAAUAUUAUCUUGAUGCUAGUGAAUCGAUGAAUAAUUUAAUAAAAGGCUAUAUGGAUGCUACGACUUCUUUAUCAAUGUUUUUAAAGGCUUUUGAAUCUGCACUUGAUCAAAGAAAAGAGGAUUUAGAAUUUUUAAAAUAUCGUGAAUCUGCAAUAAGUGUACAAUUAGUAACAAAAAGUCCUGUCGAAAAACAGGCUAUGCAACUUUUAACUCAAUAUACAUUAAAAAAAACUCAAAUACAACUUUUAGAAAUAAUUUCUCAACUUAAUCUAGAAGAAAUUAACUCAGAAUUAUUUCUUUUAAGAUGGCGUAAAGAUCCUAAUGAAUAUACUAUAGCAAAAACUUAUAGAACAUUUUAUAGUGUAACUAAUAUUGAAUCAAACCAAGCUAAAAACGAUCUUUUAGAAGAUGAUUAUACUGAAUAUAAAUAUUUUUUAAAUAGAGCAUACAAAACCUUCUAUAAUUCUUUUAAUAAGUUAGUUCAAAAAGAAUUGACCGUAAAUACUUCUGAACAAGCAUCCUUGUCUAAUGAAAUAAUAAAUCCAAUAAGUGUAAAACAAAAAGGACGAGUAUCUCAAAAAAGAAUCAAAAGAGAAUUAGAAAAUAAUAAUAAAUCUAAAAAACACAAAAAAUCUAAAGUUGAAGAUUAUAAUCAACCUUCUAUAGACAAUCAAAUAUUCGAAGAAGAGAAUCAGACUAGUUCUGAAUCUAAUAAAGAAGAUCUUCUUAAAGUUAUUAAUAGAGAAGUAAAUAGUUAUUAUUAUAAUCUGGCCGUAGAAGUUUGUAAAGAAGUAGGAAUAAGAAAAGCAAAUACACCAAUGCCUGGAUAUUAUGGUUUACGCAAAUUAAAUAUUAUCUGUGAUACACUUAUCAAAUUAUUCUUUUACUCUAAUAUUUUAAUAUCUGAUAUUACUUGUUCUAAAAAUCCUAUGUAUUAUUUGCAAGAAGUUCUAGUUUCUGAAACUGCAUUACGUUUAAUUGCUCAAGAUAGAGAAGGUAUAUUACUUGAAGAUGCACGAAAAAUUAUGGAGGACA